GGAAUAGGAAGGUGACUAGAAAGUACAAGAUAGUACAAGAAAUGCAGGACAAAACAUUUCUGGAAAUUGCUACCACUGAUAUGGAAUUAAUGUACAUAUAUACAUACUAUACUAAAACCAGCCAAUAAUUAAGUCUCUGCCAAGUUUAGAAAAGAAGUAAAAAGAGGAAGAAUAACUUCUUGGAGGCAAAAUGUCCUGGAUGUACCAGAGAUACUCUGUCAUGGCAGGUAAUACAGAUUCUGCAAAAUCAAAUUUGUCUGGUGCACCAAGAUAUGCCGUUCUGUAUAAUGGAAACAGAAUUCAGGGUAUUUUUUUAACUUUACGAGUGAACUAAUAUACAAGUUUUCUAAGAUACGAGCCGGCGCACUUGCGAUUUUUUGUUUUAAGAAGCAAACCGAGAUUUGAACUACGAGCCUGGGAGACCAUCUCCCAAUGCGUCUGCCAUUGCCAGCACUGAGGUGUGCAAUCUCGUUUAGUUCAUGUGGUUACCUUGCCUUGUGAGCAUCUCAUAGCAUUUCUUGCUUUGUUUUCUUGCUGUCCCUGUAAUUUGGGACAUUUCUUAGUUUUCACUAUGGGUCCUAAGAAAGUGAGUGUCAAGACCAGCAAUGAGAAGAAGAUAAGGCCAGUUACCUUGGAUAUGAAGCAUGAAAUCAUGGAAAAACAUAAUCAAGGUGUGCGUGUUAUAGACUUGUUGAGGCAGUAGGACUGGACUACUUCUACCAUCUGUAUCAUUUUGAAGCAGAAGGAAUCAAUAAAGGCUAUAACACCAACCAAGGGUGUUGAGAUUAUUUCAAAACUCUGGAUCCCUGCCCAUGAAGAGAUGGAGUUGUUGUUGGUGUGGUUGAAUGAGAAGCAACUCGCAGGAGAUACCAUGACAGACAGCAUCAUCUGUAAAGCCUGGUACACACUAUGCCAUCACGUAUCAGCCAUGUGAUGCAGUAGUGGUGUUGAAAAAAAUUAAUAGCGGCCAAACUAUACUGCAACACUGCUCACUUGUUUUCGCGCGCAAGCUGCUCAGUUGUAGUUCAGCUUUCAUCAAGCCAGGAUGCCAGCCAAUGAUGUACUUUGCCAGGAGACUCUACUGUGGGGUAUAGUUUCUCUGUGCUGGAAAAAAGAAACUUUUGAGGAAGAAACGUAGUACCUUGUGGUGUAAGCAAUGGCUUUCUCGGUGACCUCUUAAGGGAAGCUUCAAUGAAAUAUUUUUGGAGCUACAAGUCGAAAAUCCAACAGACUAAAAAUUACACAAGAAUGCCAAUCCCUGCAUUUUAUAAAUUGUUGGAAAAAAAUUGAACCAUAUAUUUGUAAGCAGGACACCAGCUUUUGAGACAGCAUAUCACCAGGAGCUCGUUCUUGCAGUAGGAGGAUCGUAUGCAAGCCUCCAAUAAUCAACCAAGAUUUCAAAACAGAGCCUCAGUCUAAUCAUCCCCAAAACUUGUGAAGCCAUCUAUAAUGUCCUUAGGGAGGAUUAUUUGAAAGGUUCAAAUAUAGGUACAAAGUACACUAAUAUUUUUUUAUUACAGGAAACGCAGCUCAUCAAAACACCAUAACUUCUGAGCUCCAGACUUCUGUGAUGAUUUGAUUGGAGACAUUUCCCUGUAGAAUUGUGUCUUCAGGGUGUGCAGCUUUUUAGUAAUGUCUUCAUUCCUCAAUGUACAGUUUACAAAACUCGAUAACUCUGAUUUUAUGGUUUCCAAGCUUGCACUCCUGAUGUUUCUCAUCUGGUUAUGCUUGCAUUUGAUGUUCCAACUAGAUGGAUGUUCCUUCAGUAAUUUAAUAAAAUGUAGUGUUAGUCCUUGUCCUCUCAAGGGGUUUGGCGGGUGGUGGUGAGUGGACAUCCUUCCCCUCUGAACGUUGGUGCAACACUGAGCUGCGCAAUGAAAUGGCUCAGCCCCAACAACCCGUUGGUGAUGCAGCUUCGUGUUGAAAAAGCCGUUUUUCAACGCAUCCAUCUAACACUGUGUGCAUCAUGAUGCAUAGUGUGUACGGGGCUUAAGAAGGGAGGAGAUGUCUAUUCAGAUUUGUUGUGGAAGACGCCAGGAACAUCAACACAUGAAGCAUCAGAAGAGUUAUUCAAAGCCAGUUGAGGCUAGUUUGAUAAUUUUAAAAAGAGGACCAGCAUUCACUCCAUUGUCAGGCAUGGUGAGGCAGUAAGCUCCGAUGUGAAGGCAACUGGGGAGUUUGUUUAGAGUUUUGCCGAACUGGUAGAAGCCCAAGGAUAUGUCGCCCAGCAACUCUUUAACUGUGACGAGACAGGACUCCUCUGGAAAAAGAAUACGGAGGCGGACCUAUAUAAUGGUAGAGGAGAAGAGCUUGCCAGGCCACAAACCUAUAAAGGAUAGGCUAACCCCUGCGCUGUGUGCAAACGUGAGUGGCGACCGCAAAGUUAAGCCGCUACUACUUGUAUAUCACUCAGAAAACCCCAGAGCCUUCAAGUCUCAUUAGAUGACCGAAGAAAAUCUGCAGGUUAUGUGGAGGGCAAAUUCAAAGGCAUGGGUUGCCAGGGAUAUCUUCAUCCAGUAUGUGAAUGUAGUUGUUGGUCCUACCAUCAAGACUUAAUUCACCACAAAUAACUUAUUCCUGAAAGCCCUUCUCAUCCUCGACAAUGCUCUCGCACACCCACCAACCCUCACAGACAACAUCCAACCCUGUCCUGCAUCCCAUGGACCAACAGUUGAUUUCAAAUUUGAAAAUGGUCUUCACCAAGUACCUGUUCAAGAGCUGCGUUGAGGUUCCAGAUGCAACAAACCUCACCCUUCGAGAGUUUGGAAGGAUCACUACAAAAUCAUUACCUGCCUCAAAAUUAUGAACAUGGCCUGGCAGGGUGUUACAAGGAGGACCUUAAACAGCAUGGAAAAAGCUGUGGCCAAGGUUGUGUCCAAACAGGACUUCGAAGGAUUCGAACCUGAAGAGCUACUGGUGGAGAAUAUUGUCCCUUAGAAAGACCAAGGGCCUGGAAGUGGAUGAAGAUGUUGAUGACCUCGUCGAGAGCACAACGAGGAAAUAACAACGGAGGAAUUAAAGGAGCUACGUACAGCAACAGCAGUGUACAGAGGUUUUGCGGGUUUUGGAGGAGGAGGAGCAAGCGUUGGAGGAGGUUGCUACAAGUGAGGUUGAGGAAGUGUUGGGAAUAUGGGAGAAAAUUGUUGUUUAUUGAAGAGAAACACCCUGAAAAAGUAGCAACUGGUUAUGUGUGUCUGUUUAACAACACUUGCCUGGGUAAUUUUUUAAAAAUUUUGAAAGACAGUAAGAAACAAACCUUCUUAAAGAGUUUUUAGCAAAAAAACCCUGCAUGUGAAAGUGUUAAAUGUGACAGAAAAGGCAAAAGUCAGUGAAGAUGAUUGAAAAUAAAAAAAAAUUUAAAAGUAGCAAUUUAGUAAUAAAAUGUAGUGUAGUGUGUAAGUUAGAUUUAGCAAUGUAGCAUUAAGUGUGUAGAGUAAAUUAAGUUAGCGAUAGAGCAUGACAUGAAAAAAAAAACCUUCUCUGUCAAUCUCCUGCCUCCCACCUUCUGUGCCCACUGCUACACACUAGCCCACUCAUAUUGCUGCUCCACUUUCUUCAGCAUCUUCGUGUGAUCUUCAAGAUGUUUCGGAAAUUAAAUUUUAGAUGGAUGCUACACCAUCACAGGUGUGAUGCAGUCAGACAGUUUCACUGGCCAUCGCACCUAGUCAGAAGCACUUUCAUCGAUUUCUUCAAGAACCACAAUCAUCAGCAUAUUCGUUCAAGCCCCGUCAUACCAUGGAAUGACGCCACACUAGCAUUUGUGAAUGCAGGGAUGAAUCAGUUCAAACCUGUGUUCCUUGGGCAAAGUCUGCGACCAUGUCCACGAGCCACAAAUAGCCAGAAAUGUAUACGUGUCGGUGGUAAGCACAAUGAUUUACAUGAUGUUGGUCGCGAUACGUACCACCACACUUUUUUCGAAAUGCUUGGUAACUGGUCAUUCGGAGAUUAUUUUAAGAAAGAUGCAUGUGCAAUGGCUUGGAAACUUUUAACUGAAGUAUACAAGUUACCACCUGACCGUCUGUAUGUUACUUACUUUGGUGGAGACCCCGCAUUGAAUAUUGGCUCUGACAUGGAAGUCUGGGAUAUCUGGAGAUCCAUUGGUGUACAUGAAAAUCGAAUCUUACCUUUUGGGAUGAAAGACAAUUUUUGGGAGAUGGGCAUACAUGGACCUUGUGGGCCCUGCACUGAAAUUCACUAUGAUCGACUUGGUGGUACCAGCGCACAAGAUAGAGUCAAUCUUGGUGUUGAAGACAUGAUUGAGCUAUGGAAUAUAGUUUUUAUGCAAUAUGAAAGGUUAAAAGAUGGUACCUUGCAACCUCUAAGUACUCAUCAUGUUGAUACUGGAAUGGGCCUAGAGAGAAUUACUGCUGUUUUGAAUAGUAAAACAUCAAAUUAUGACACUGAUCUUUUUCUUCCAAUAUUUGAGAAGAUUCAAAAGAUGAGUGGCAAAGCAGCAUAUGGAGGGCACUUUAGUGAAGAUGGGCUUUGUUUAGACACAGCUUACAGGGUCUUAGCAGAUCAUUUGAGGAUGACUACAGUUGCCCUUGCUGAUGGCCUUUUCCCAGAGGACAGCUACAAACUUCGUCGUGUUAUGAGGCGAGCCAUCCGUAUUAGCAGAGACACAUUUGGUUUGGUUCAUCACAAUAACUUAGCUGAUUUAACAAAUAUUGUGGCCGAAAGCUUAGGAGAUACUUAUCCUGAGCUUUGGAGUCAACUAGAAAGAGUUCAAGUAAUUUUUCAGCAAGAAGAGGAACAUUUUCAAGAAACUUUGCAUAAAAUAUCAAAAGAGUGGAGUAGUAUGCUUUUGCAGAAUCAUUCACUAAAAGUUUUCUCGGAUGUUAUUAGUCCUGGACUGUUGAAUGGUUUAAAGGAUGUAAUUCCUUUGAUUGAGGAAUUGAAAGACAGCAAUUCAAAAUUUCCCGAGGACAUUGCUUUGAAACUUAUUGAAGCUUAUGGUGUAAAUAUAGAUACUGUUGAGGAACUGGCAAGUUUGUAUAACCUUAAUAUUGACUUGGAAAGUAUUCUGGUGACGCUGGAAACUACCAAGAUACAGAGAAAAGUUUCUGAACAACAGAAGUGGGAAGCUAGUAAACUGUACAGCAGUGCCUCAGUGCUCAGUGAGUCAAUUUUUGAAAACUUGCCACCUACAGAUGACAGUGCUAAGUACUUAUAUAAAAUUAUAAAUGGGAGCUAUUCAUUUAUGCCAUUGGAAACUACUGUAAUAUCAUUUAUAAGGGAUGGAAAGCUAACUCAUUCAGUUCAUGACAAGGAAAUUAUUGGCGUUAUCCUGGAUUCUACAAAUUUUUACUAUGAAGCAGGAGGUCAAGAAGGGGAUAAAGGAGAAUUAGUGAGUGGAGAUGUUCGAGUGAAUGUGAGAUAUGUUGAAAAACUUGGCCAUAUUAUAAUUCACUGGGGCACCUUAGAAUGUGGAGAAUUGUGUAUUGGAAAAAAAUUAAUGGCUUCAGUUGAUCCAGACUUCAGACUUGGGUGUAUGCAGCACCACACAGCAACGCACCUCCUUAACAGUGCUGUCAGAGCAGUAACCGGUGUAUCUAGCCAAAGAUCAUCACACGUUACCCAUGACCAUUUAAGCUUAGGAGUCCGGACGUAUCAAACCAUGGAUUAUGAAAACAUUGAAAAGGUUGAGAAAAUUGUGAAGAUGUGGGCCAAUGAAAAGUGUCCUAUAUCCAGAAAGACUUUACCAAUAACAAAGUUGCUGCAAGAACCUGGGGUAGUAUUCCUUCCUGGUGAAGUAUAUCCAGAUAAUGUACAUGUCAUAACUACAAGCUUGAAUGCAAACUUGAACUCAGGUGGAAGGGAAAUGUCUCAAAUAUUAUCCAUGGAACCUUGCUGUGGCACUCACUUAUCAAAUACUGGGGACAUUGGCAGUUUUUGCAUUACUGAUGUUAAAGCAACUGGUGUUGGCUUACGCAAUAUUCGUGCUGUGUGUGGGGAAAAUGCAGCAAUUGCUGAAGCAAAUGCAGAGGUAGCAGUAUCUCAGUUUCAAAAAUGGGAAGAGAAAGUUCAAAAGGAGAUUAGUGCAAACAAUCAUGAGAGCAUAGCAAAUACUAGCAAGGAAUUGCUGGCUUGGCGUACUACCUUUGAAGCCAAACUGCUGCCGUAUUUAGUACGAUCAAAAAUGAAUAAUUCGCUUGAUAAUCUUGCAAGGCUUAUGAGAAACGCUCUAAGGGGAGAUGCAAAUAAACAGAUGAUUGUAGAAAUGGAGGAAAUUUUGAGUGAACAACCUUCUGGGCCUGUUGUUCAUCUACUGGAAACAGAUUUUGGCACAAGCAAAGCCAUGUUAAUUAAAGCAUCUAAAUUAUGUAAAAAAAGACCUCUUCUUGUUUUGGCUAAGGCUGAAGGAACUGUUGUUGCAAGAGCAACACUAACACAGGAGCUUGUCAACAAUGGAGCAUCUGCAGCUGAUUGGUUAACUUGUAUUCAGAACAUUUUGGGAGGUGUAGUCAAAGCACCUCGUGGUCAAGACUUGCAGCUAGUCUGUAACUUCCGGGGAAAUCUUAUGAAUACAGUAGAUAUGAGUAAAUUGGAGGAUGCUGUUUCUGAAUCCAGGAAAUAUAUUGAAAAAUAUUCAUGAUCCAUUUUCAAAUAAAUUAUUUUAUAUUAAAAGGUUUUGUAUACAUCAAAUAAAUAAUAAUAGUCUACAAAUCA